AUCGCUUUGCAUCCACGCGGUGUCAGUUUAGAUGGAUGGCAAUUGAGAAUUAUUACCACGAUUAUGUUGCUGGAGCUUUCGGAGGAUCUGUCGGGUAUGCUGUUGGUUAUCCAUUUGAUACAACAAAGACACAGCUUCAAACACAGCUGCAUGGGAGUCAGUACAAAGGCUUUACAGAUGCUUUUAGACACAUCUAUAAACAAAGAUGGAUCACAGGCUUUUACCGUGGGAUGUCAUGGCCCCUGCUUACAGUUGGUGUGACCAAUUCCAUAUUUUUUGGUGUGUAUGGAAAUGUUCUGAAGGCUUUGGAGCCAGAGAGAGAGAAACGGAAGAAGGCGUAUAGCAAGAUCUUAUUGGCUGCUUGUGUUGGAGGAGCAGCACAGAGUCUGGUGGUCAUUCCCAUCGACUACAUAAAAGUGGUGCUACAGUCCCAGAUCAGACAUGAGGUGCAAUCAGGAAAGGUUGUCACAGCAACAGUGGAGAGUGCCUUGUUUCAGGGGCCAAUGGAAUGUGCCCGAUAUAUUUGUCGAACUGAGGGCCCACAUAAACUGUAUAAGGGUGCAGGACUGACUUUGUGUCGUGAUAUACCAUGCUUUGGUGUGUAUGGCCUCACCUAUAUGUAUAUAAGUGGCCAAAUGAAGGAGAGAGGCUGGUGUGACUCCAAGGGGCUGGUGGCUGACCUGUUGGGAGGAGGGGUUGCCGGUAUGGCUGCAUGGCUGUCGGUGAUGCCUGUUGAUGUGGUGAAAAGCCGGUACCAGGCUGACUACCGUGGUGAAUUCAGUGGUUACCUUAACUGUGCCCUGCAGAGUUACAGAGAGGAAGGUUUGCGAGUGUUCUUCAGGGGCAGCCUUGCCAUCUGUCUUCGUAGCUUCUCCUCUAAUGCUGUUGAGUUCAUGAUCUACGCACAACUGAUGCGUUACUUUCAAGGCUUGGACAACUCUGGAGACUAAUUUUGUUCUACGUCAACUACAAUGGAUUAUAUAUGAUUAAAGUGUUGUCAUGGAAUUGUGUAACAGUGGCAUUGAUGAUAUUAACUUUAUGCUGACAACCAGUAUGGAUGCUGAUUUCUUCCAUUACCUCAUUUACUGCUGUACAUUAAUAGUUUGUAGUUUUAUCAAAUUUUGAAUUCAUGAUCCAUCAUUUAACUGUGUUCAUUUUACGAAGGGAAACGAUAUCAAAAUGUUACAAUUAUGUAUAUAAAAACAGACUAGUCUUCUUGAUUUUAAUGUCAUAUUGGACUGUGAUAACAUUAUGUUUGUGUGAUGUAAAUGUGUUAACUAUGGAUACGAUUAUUUAUUUAUCUUUACAAAACUCAAAACCAGUUUGAGUAACCUGGUCCCAUUCUGAAGGCCCUGAAGAAUGGGGCCAGCUUUCUCCUUUUGUAUGUCCAAGAAUCAAAUACACUAAGCAUUUCUGUGGUUGUUUAUCAAACUUGUAUAGGUGAUUAUCUUUGUGCGCUUCACCAUCCUAAGGGAAGUGUAUGGUUUAUUGUAAUGUAAUAUAUCAGAAAAUUUAUGCAGUUGUAGCAAUAAUGAUAUUGACUCAUAAUUAGUAACCUCAAGGGUUGAACCCAGAGGGAUCUGAUAGCAGAUAAAUUACACUGCAGAUUGUUAAGUGAAAAGGGGCUCAAAAAAAAAAAAAAAAAAGAAAAAAGCUAGAUCUUGGGUUACUGGUAAGGCCUCUUGUUUGCUGUAUAAAUAUUAUAAAUAUGUGAAGUUUUGAUUUUGAUGUCUGGUAUUAUUUUGAUACAUUGUAUGCUGUGAUAAAUCUUCUUUAAAUAGAAAAUCUUGCCAUCAAGUUGUUCUUGAAAUACUCCACUAUUACUACUGUAUAAAUCUAAUUAAAAAUCACUACCUCCAGUUGUGUCAGCUUUAGAGAGUGUAAGGGUAAGUUUAGUUUUUCCCUUCGUUUUUGUCUCUUUGUAAAAUGUGGUUUAGUACAUACAAUGUACAAUCAGUUCAAAUAGCUCAUACAUAGUUUCAACCUAAUUCAAUGCUUUUAAAUGUCAAGAAAUGUUUCCAGGUGGAAAAUAUCUGUAUAGUGUGUUAUUUCUAUAGAAGUGUGACGGUAUGUGUCAGUGUUAUUUCUAUAGAAGUGUGAAGGUAUGUGUCAGUGUUAUUCCUAUAGAAGUGUGAAGGUAUGUGUCAGUGUGUUAUUCCUAUAGAAGUGUGAAGGUAUGUGUCAGUGUUAUUUCUAUAGAAGUGUGAAGGUAUGUGUCAGUGUGUUAUUUCUAUAGAAGUGUGAAGGUAUGUGUCAGUGUUAUUCCUAUAGAAGAUUGAAGGUAUAUGUGAGUCUUUUGCUCCUAUAGAAGUGUGACAGUAGGUGUAAAGGUAUGUUUCAGUAUGUUACUCCUCUAGAAGUAUGUAGGUAAGGGCAGUUUUAUUCCUCAGAAAUGUGAAGGUAUGGGUCAAGUGUUACUCCUCUAGAAAUGUGAAGGUCUGACCAUUGUGUUACUUAGGUGCAUGUAGGUGCACUUUAAGGUGUACAAGUUCUUCAGUUCUUAAAUUUAUGGUAUUCAAUGUUGAUUUUAAUAAAGAAAUUGUAAUACA